CGCCGCUUCCAGGCAGAAACUCGGUAUUGCUCCGAGCCUGCCGCAUGUCCGGAAUGGCCUUUGGCGGCGCCGACGAGGGCGAGUCUGGCGGCCUGAUUGCGCGUGCGAGCGACAUUGCGCAGGGGCUUAAUUACCCGAAGACGGCGUUCUUUCACAUCGCCUUCAAGACGGCUGCGAUUCUCAUCUACAUGUUUGGCUCAUGGUUCUCGUCCAACUUUGUCAACAUCUUCGUGCUCUGCGUCCUGAUGCUUGCCUUUGACUUUUGGACAGUAAAGAAUGUGUCCGGCAGGCUGAUGGUUGGGCUGCGCUGGUGGAGCGAGGUGCGGGACGACGGCUCCACAGACUGGAAGUACGAGUGUCGUGACGGCAACCUCAACGCGACGACGAUGGACGUUGCCAUCUUUUGGAUCGGUCUGCUCACGCCGGCUUUCAUCUGGUUCAUCUUUGGAGUGGGCUCGGUGUUUCGCCUCAGCUUUGACUGGCUGCUCCUCAUCGCCAUCGCCCUGGCGCUGAGCGGCGCCAACAUCGUGGGGUAUGUGCGCUGCAAGCAGGAGGCGGGAACACGGCUGAUGAGCGGGCUGCAGGGCGUGAUGGGCCGCACGGGGAUGGGGUCCAAUGUGAUGGGCCAGGCGCUGCAAUCGGCAGCGGGCAAGGCGUUUGGGCUCUGAGGGGCGCGCGAGGCCAGGGCGGGGUACAGGGGGACUCGUGACGACCGCUUCACGGCGGGCGGUGUGAAGUGCCGCGUACACACACACACACACACACACACACACACACACACACACACACACACACACACACACACACACACACACACACACACACACCUGAGACUGUCGUGUGCGUGCAGAGAGAGUACUGACCAGAGACGAUAGAGAGAGGACCAGCAGAGAGCAGCGAGAGCCGAGUGAGAGAGAGAGAGAGACGAUCUGAUGUACUCCUACGCUAAUGCCACAUGAAUGUACUG